CGCCGUACGCUGAGAGCGGGCGGAGGCAGCGGGAGCGCCGCAACAUGGCGGCGUCUGGCAGCGGCGGCAGCCGGGCGGAUAACGGCUACAGCAGUCAGCAGCAGCAGCCGCCGCGGCGGAGAAAAGGCCCAGGUGCCCUGGCCACGGCCUACCUCGUUAUCUACAACGUGGUGAUGACGGCGGGGUGGCUCGUUAUUGCAGUUGGUCUAGUUCGAGCAUACCUGGCUAAAGGUAGCUACCAUAGCCUUUACUAUUCAAUAGAAAAACCCUUGAAAUUCUUCCAGACUGGAGCUUUGCUUGAGAUUCUGCACUGUGCACUUGGCAUUGUUCCUUCUUCUGUUGUUCUGACUGCUUUCCAAGUGAUGUCAAGGGUUUUCCUGACGUGGGCAGUAACACAUAGUGUAAAAGAGGUACAAACUGAAGACAGUGUCCUGUUGUUUGUUGUGGCCUGGACAAUCACUGAGAUAAUCCGCUACUCCUUUUAUACUUUUAGCUUGUUAAACCAUCUUCCUUAUCUCAUCAAAUGGGCCAGGUACACUUUAUUUAUAAUACUGUAUCCAAUGGGAGUCUCAGGCGAAUUACUCACAAUAUAUGCUGCGUUACCCUUCGUCAGGCAGUCUGGCUUGUAUUCCAUUAGUUUACCUAACAAGUACAAUUUUUCUUUUGACUACUACACAUUCCUGAUUCUGGUUAUGAUCUCUUACAUUCCAAUCUUUCCUCAGCUGUAUUUUCAUAUGCUACAUCAGAGGCGAAAGGUGCUCUCCCACACUGAAGAACACAAGAAGUCAGAGUAAUUUCAACACUUUUUCAGAACUUUUCAAACAUCAAAAUGCUGCAGAUUUUCAAUACCCAGCACAUUUAUAGAAAGUAUACCAAGAUAAAAUAAGUCAGAGGUAAAAGACCAGUGAUGAGCAAAAAUAUCUGAUAAACCUGAUUUCACUGAAAUUCCACAACGUAAAACAUUUAAAUAAUUUAUAGCUUGCAGUGCUUCAGAAAACUUUUAAUCUUUCUAUGCCUUGGCAUUUAGCCUUUUCCUUAAAUGAUGUGCUAAAUGGUUUUCACUUACUUCUAAAUGCCUGGAGGUUACAGUAUGAGUGGUGAAGUUGUACCCACUGAAUGCUUGAAUUUGGAGUAUAUUACUGAUACCUCUUAUUUUUUUUGAAGUGCUUGACUGCAUGCCAGAAACUGUCUGUAUUGCUGUGAAAGCAAGUAAUAUGCUCUGGAUUUUGUCAGAGACUCCAGUGGAGAAGGUAAUGUGGGCAAAGUGCUUGAAUAGAGAAAGGUAGGUUGUGUAUUUAAAAGGUGAUGGGAACAACAGUAGGAAACCUGUUAUGGGAAAUGAGGGGUGGUUCUGUAGAAAUCUAAACAGUAAGGCAUCUGACCAGAGCAUGUUCUCUGAAGAUCUUGUUCAAGAUGACUACCCAAGCCCUAAUGUUAAUUCAGAAGCUGUCAUGCUUAUUUGAAACACUAGAAGUCCAAGUACUGCAUCCCUGGAUACUUUAAGUACUAAAAAAUUACUAAAUAUUUCUGUAUUAAAUAUUUCUAGGGAUAUCAGUAAUGAAUCUAAACAAUAUAAGGAGGUAGGUCACCCAGAAACAGGUGCAGUUCUCCCUUUUUUUACUUUAAAUUAUCAUCUCUAAUCACUGUCUACUAUCUCAGUGAUACUCAUCUUUCAGUGUUGAGGACUAUUUGGUCUACUGUGGAAUCAUUUGAGGGCCUUGUUCCUCAACCUAACUUUUCUUAAGUGACUAAUGUGUAUCACUGUGGUACAUCCAAGCUGGCAGUUCCAGGCACUGAGCUUCUGAAAUGUUGCAAAGUCAUAAGCUCCUUCCCUGAAAGCAGAUUAUCUUGUGUGUUACGUGCUGCUUCUGCAGAUUGGACAAGCCUUCCCUCAUCUAUUCUUACGGAAGAGCUGAGGUUUAUAGAAGUUAAAUUCUCCUAGGUGCUCUCUGUGGGUUCUCAGGCUAAUCCUUCCCUUGGGAAUGUAGAACAGAAAAUGAAAGAACCAAGAAAACCUUAUGGUGAGCUGGGAAGCACUAGUGCUUGUGUGAGCAGUGCCCCAGGUCAUGAACUAACUGUUGAUGGAAGGCAGGGGGUGGAGAAUGGAAGGGACAGAGAACAUGGAA